UCCCAUCAAACUGUGAAAUAAACUAACUGAAAAGGAUUAAGGUGGAGGACUCGGCAGGGGAACCAUUCCUUAAUAAAUUUAAGAACAUAGGGGAGAACAAAUGACAUAUAAUGGGGAUUUAACCUUUUGCAACCAUUCAAAACUUGCUAUUUUUAGUCAAUUUUGACCUUGACCUUGACCUAAAUGCAACACCCUGAGUUCUGGCGAUCUCGAAAGUAUUACCACAUGAAUUGGCAUCCCCAAUUUAGUUGGAAAUGACACCUUAAACGUUUUUCUGGACUAUUUGGUUCAAAAGUUACCGCGUUUGUACAUUAGCCCAUGCGGACUGGCGUUUCAUCCUGGCUGGAAGUUUCAUGCUUUUCUCAAAAAGUGCACAAUUUUCUUGCUAAGCCGCUGCACUAUAAUUCAUAUGUAGCGGAAAUCGUUGGGUGAGCGCGCGCGCUUACGCACUCAAGGUAAAAUAGUCAAAGCGACCAGAAUCUGGGGUAUUUCAUGGCGUGCGUGUCUUUCUCCCCAGAGGUGCUUCUCGAACACCGCAUCCAACAUGAAAGUAUUUCGCCCAGGAGAAUCGCAAGGACGAUGGAAGUAUAUGAUCGUCGUAGGUGCCGCCAUCGUUAACUUCUUCAACACCGGUACGGCCAAGUCGUUCGGCGUUCUCAUUUCCGACCUCACAGAGGACUUUGGCACCGGUGUGUCCAUCCUUGGAUUUGGGAUUGGAAUGUGUCACGGCGCAGCAGUCGGAUUAGCUUUCUUUUUACGCCCCCUCCUGAAAAAGACGACGUGUAGAGUACUGACGAUGAUCGGUGGAUGUCUGUCUGGUUUCGGCUUCUGUAUCUGCUCGAUCAGUGGCAAUGCUGCUCUAUUCACCAGUGGGAUAGCGGUGGCAGGAUUCGGUUACAGUUUUAUGAUCAUCUCAAACGUCGUCAUCAUCAAGACCUACUUUCCAGACUCUUUCCCAAUCGCCAUAAGCUUCAGUUUAUCCGCCGGUGCCGUCGGGAUGAUGCUGAUCCCUGUCAUUACGGAGAAACUUGCAAACAUCUACGGAUGGCGAGGCUCUCUUCUGCUCAUUGCAGCCAUGAACUUCCAUAACGUCCUGGCAGGAGCCCUCUUUAGACCACUUACAUCAACUCGGCACAAACAUUCCUACUCUACAAAACACGAUGGUACUGCUGAUAGUGCCAGAGAAAGAAGGACAGUAGAGAAUUCAAACAGCUUCAGGAGUGAUGAGAAGACUACAUACAGAGGCCAAUAUUCUCCUGUAAAUGCACCCGAACAGGGAUGUUCAGAAAACAAAGAAACACAGUCGGGAGCGAACUCCUGUCUCGAUUCCAAGAAAAGGAUGACCGUCAUACAGAAUUGCGAACAGAGCUUGGGUGUAAGUGAGCGUAACGAUGAAAUAUCUGAAGAGGAUCGACUGAUUCCUAAGGGGCAGUCGAGGAGGAAACCUGACGAUUUUAAGAGCGGGUCAGUCGAAGAGGAGUCCAAAGCGACAACGGUAGACGGUGGUUGCAUGAGGAGUUUGAUCGAACUAUUUGAUUUGAGACUGCUAUAUGAUUUUCCUGCCUUAAACCCGAUAAUGAUUGCUGUACUGUUGUCUGGGGCGACCACCACAGGCUGGGUGGCUUUUUUGUUGCCCAACGCUCUGGAGAAGGGAUACAAUAUGGAUAAAGCCAUACUGCUUGCUUCAGUAGGAGGUCUUUGGAACUUCAUUGGUCGAUUUUGCAUCGGCUACAUGCUCGGUAAGCGGACCACUGCGAGGACCAUGUUCGUCAUCUGCAAUCUCAUCUGCGGUGUAGCCUUCUGCCUGGACUACGUCACGACCACGUUCUGGGGUCUGUCCAUCCUGUCGGCGUUAAACGGAUCAACCAUCGGGGCUUUGACGGUUCUUAUCUCCCUGAUGAUUGAGGAGAUCGUUGACGAGUCGAGAUUCACCUCAGGGGUUGCUCUGGCAUUUUUAUUUCUAGGACUUGGUGAAAUCGUCGGAGGUUUAUUCGCAGGAUGGCUGUAUGACAUAAGCCAUACUUACGUCAUCGCCUUUAUCGCCUUGGGAGUGUUAAAUGUCCUGGGAGCUCUUCUGACGGCAAUUGUGACCUUCCUUCCGUGCUCUCUAUUCCGAACUCGACAUCUGGAUGAUAAAGAAUAAAGUGUCUGUUGCACACGAGGCGCUUUCCACUGACGCAGGUUUGCGCCAGCGGUUGGCGUUGUCUGUGACGCAUCGCGUGGGGGUUUGC